AUGGGUGGCCACGGCGGCGGUCGCAUGCGCAUCGGCUGGGUCGGUGUCGGCGUGAUGGGCCGACACAUGGCUGGCCACCUCAUGGCGGCGGGCCAUGAGCUCUCGGUAUUCAGCCGCACCGCCUCCAAGUGCGCGCCGCUGGUAGAGGCUGGAGCUCGGCUGGCGUCGUCGCCUAUGGAUGCCGCCUAUGGAGCCGACGCAGUGUUCACGAUGGUUGGAGCGCCCUCAGAUGUCGAGCAGGUCACACUUGGCGGCGGCGGCGUGCUGGAGGCGCUGGAGCCAGGAUCGCUGCUGAUUGACUGCACCACGAGCACACCCAGCUUGGCGCAGAGAGUCGCCGCGGCCGCAGCGGGCAAGGGUGUGCUGGCGCUGGACGCGCCCGUGAGCGGAGGCGACGUCGGUGCCGAGGCGGCGUCACUCUCCAUCAUGCUAAUGUCUCUCCGCGAAAGCCACUCUGCCCCGGGGCGGGCUUGA